UGAAUCUGGAGUGAACCCGGUGUGAACUUGGUGGAAUCCGGAGCAAACCUGGAGUGAUUCUGGGGUGAACCCGAACCAUAAUCCAGAGUAAAGAGUAAGUAAAUCUGGAAUAAACCCAGUGUAAACCAUGGGUGAACCUAAUGCGAAUCUGGAGUGAACCGGUGUGAACCCAAUGUGAAUCUGGAGUGAACUUGGUGUGAACCUGAUGUGAAUCCGUAGCAAAACUGGAGUGAAUUUGGUGUGAACCAAGUGUGAAUCCAGAGUAAAGACAAAGUAAACCUGGAGCAAACCCAGUGUAAACCCCCAGUGAAUUCGGAGUAAACCCGGAAUGAACCCGGCCCCUUUAACACGUCCCUCUGACGAUGUAACAUGACUCUCCUGGAUCUCCUUCUCUGAGCUCCAGCCUCAGCAGGAUGUGCUGACGUGUCCGGCUUGCUUGUGUUUCUUUGCGUGUCUAUACGAGUGUGUGUGUGUGUGUUUGCUGACAUUGGCAGACUGAAAUGACGGCAAUGUAUAAUAUUUUAAGCGUUUUUAUUCUAUUUAUCUCCACACGUGAAUCAGAAGCAACAGUAGACCGGCGGUUCUCGGACCUGAAGCGAUGCGCCGAUAAUGAAUGUAGCAUGCUCCUUUGCCGAGGAAAAGCCUCGCAGAAUUUCGCCGGUCCGGACUGUCGAUUCCUGUCGUUUAAAGCAGGAGAGACGAUCUACGUGUACUAUAAACUCUCAGGGCAGAGGUCAGACGUCUGGGCUGGAAGUGUUGGUAACCGCUUUGGAUAUUUCCCCAAGGACUUUUUGAACAUCAAUCACAUUUAUACAGACAAAGAAAUCGAAGUAUCUACUGAGGAAACCGAUUUCGUUUGUUUUGACACAGGAGUCGAUAAAUUCGCAAGCUAUGACGUCGACGAUCUGUUACGAAACUCAUUUAUCGAUCAGAUCAAUGAGCCCAGUGACAAACCGGAAGAAUCGGAUGCUUCCGAUGAGGACGGCGAGACGGAGGAACCAAGCAGGGACGUUGCCUCAAAUCCUGACUUGUCACGUACAGGUGAUCAAGAUGACGAUCCCGAAACGUCUCGAGCGGCGAUGGAAAUGAUGGCUUCGAGCGAAAAAGAUCAAGACAUUGUCAGUAAGUCUGAUCCGGAUCGAUAUGUAGACCAAGAUGAACCUUCAGCUUCACCUUCCGUGAAUGAUGAGGCUUUUGAAGAAAGCAACCGCACCACCCAGGUCGAAAAUGUUUCUGAAUUAAAAACAACUCUAGGCACGACUUUCGAUGCCGUCUCCACUGACGAUGAAAGCACACGCAAGGUCACCCCCUACGACGACGACGACGACGAAGAUCUGAGAGAAGGUUUAGUUCCGCACGUAGUAGAGGAACAUGUAAAAGAACCUUCACUGCUCACUUUCGAACAGAAAUGGCGUGAUGUUCCUGAAGAAACCGAAGAUGAGCACGUUCAGAAAGAAGAACCGUCUCUUGAAAAUGGAGAGGCGGAUGAAACCGGCAGGGACGUCUUCAUAAAUUCCGUUUCGUCUCCUACGGAAGGAGAAGCCGAACACGGAGACGAACGUGAAGGUCAUCCACGUGAUCCUGAACUCGCUCCGGUGCCGAAGGAAACGACAACUUCGGAUGAAAAAGAUAAACAUCGUGCUGAAACGAUCGCUGAUCCCGAGCAACCUGUAGACCGAGACGUUCCUGUUGAAGCUUUAUCUUCACCUAUCAAGGAUGAAGAAGGUUUAGAAGAUGGCGUUCGCACCACUGAGGUAGAAACCGUCGUUUCGGAAGCGCAAACGACUUUCGGGACGACUUUCGAAGCCGUUACAACGGACGACGAGAACACGCUCAAGGUCACCCCUGAGGACGACGAAGCUUGGGAAGAUGAUUUAGUUCAGCAGGUAGUUGAGGAGGAACCUGUGAAAGAACCUUCGCUGCUCACUUUUGAAGAGCAACCUCAAGAUGUUACGGAUGAGAGCGUUUGGUCGACUUUAGGGGACACGGUGUUUAAAAUCGUGAGCGGAGGUGAGAGGGUGGACGAAACCAAAGAUGAUGAUGAUGAUGAGGAGGACGAUGAUGAGGAGGAGGAGGUGGAGGUGAAGGAGAAGAUGGAGGAGAAGAUUGAUGCUCAAACAAAGCCUGAGGCAGAGCCCGAGUUUCGGAACAUUUCAGUUUCUGACAUAAAAACCAGUGAAGAAGCGGAGGAACAAAACGCCAACGUAUCAAAUAAUAAUAACGAAUCGGAAGAGAUCAAGGGCGUGGCUUCAGACCUGGAUGAGAACCUUGUUAGUUUUGAGUCUGAAGCUGAACCUCAACAUGUUCCUCAAUCAUCACUGUUAGAAAAACACCCAAACCCCAGCGAAACCAAGUUCCACAAACCCGAAUCUCUUAUUGAGGAAGACUCUCCAAAGGGUCCCGAUCUUGAAGAACACACUGAAGAACAAAUCCAGCGAGUCAAACACGCGAUUAUCGAUUUGUUUGAGGAUACGUUGAAAUCUGAAAAUCUGACAAGUGAACCACAAAUCGAUGAGGACGAAGACCAAGAUCCUGAGGAGCUCCUACAGGACGAAAACGCCGUAUUAGCGACUAGAUCCGACACUGCUCAGGUCUCGGAAGAACCCGUGCUUGAAAACCCCAAGCUGGAACCUGUGAAGGAAGAAAAAAACGACUUGGUGACUCUGAAAGAGGACAAAUUAGAAGACGAUGAGAAGAUGGAGCAGGAUGAGGAACCCGAAGCCGUGGAGGAAACCAGGACGGGUCCCUUGGUGGAAGAAGAACCCGAGUACAGCGAGAGUGUUCAGAGACUGACGCUCCUGAGAGACCGCUUUAACGAUGACGAGAUCGGACGCAUGUUGCGCCACCUCAGCAUCAAGGACCUUUACAAAGUCGAAGCCAUGUUCACCGACCUGGAUCAUCGGCUGAACUCGGCCAAGCAGGCUCACCCGAACAGCUCCGAAGAUCUAGAACGUGCUCUGGAGAGCAUCCUGGAGGUUUCUGAAAACGCCAUCCUGGACGAGAUCGAUGGAAUGCUGGACGCUCGGGAGAAGAAGGCGCUGCAGCUCGGCCAGCAGAUCGAUCAAAGCGUGCUGGACGAGGAAUCCGCCGUUCUGGAUGACUUUCAGGAGUUUGCUUUUUAUCUUCAUCAAAAGUACAGCAGCAGUGUUCCUCUGGUGAAGGAGGAGAACCUGUCUCACGUAGACAUGGCGGAGAACGUUUCUGACGUUUCCGAAGCAUCUGAAGAGGUGGAAAGUCCAACAGAAAGCCUCGCUCUGACCGAUGCAACCGAAUCGCCUGAGCUCCAUCAAGAAACCGGCGAAUUGUUCACCGUGAUCCCUCAGGACGAUGAACCCCAGAGCCAGGACGCGACCCCUCCUGAGGAAGACGCCGGGCGCUUCAAUAAAAACCACCAAGACGUCCAAGCGAUCAUUCAAGAGGCCACGGAGAUUCCAAAAGUACCUCAGGCUAUUUUGGAGACACCGUUAGAUGUUUUAGGAUUAGAAAUCGAUCCAUCAUCAGAUCCUCAGGACUCUUCGAAGACGUCCGAUUUCGCAGACAACAACGAGCAAUCGAGCGCCUCGGAUCACGUUCGAGACUUCUAUCUUCUCGCUUCGGACGUUUUUGGGGUGUACGUGGAAAUUCUAAUCGCUGCCAUGCCCGAGGACUGGCGUCCAGGUCCGACGUUUCAUGGCCUUCCCUGGAUGCCUGUAGUUGUUACAGCUGUGGUGGGAGUUCUCACCGUGCUGGUGUUCCUGUGGAGGACUGUUCUUGCUGUCAAGAGCAGGAGGUAUCUCUUGACAGAGAAACAGCUUGGCGAGAAGAUCCAGCAGCUCAUCAGUGAGAAGUCGGAAGUGCUUCAAAAAGUCAGCGAACUCAACAACACGAUUAAACAACACGAGGAAAAGCUGAGCAAUUCUGAAGAAUCUCGAAGUUCUCAGCAGGAGGAGUUUCUUGAGCUCAAGAACAAUUACCGAGAUCUGAACGAGCAGAAGGAGAAGCUGAGCUCGAAUUUUGCCCGUCUGUAUGAGAAAAUCGCAAACGCUGAGAAAGAGAACAAAACUUUGAACAAGAAGAUAUCUACGAUGCACGAGGGAGUUCAGAAGUAUCAGGAGACCCUCAAAAAGUACGAUGAAGAUCGCUCAAAGGUCCAGGUGCUCGUGGAUGAAGCGAAGCUCCAAGAAGAUGCCCUCAAAGCCCAUGUGCUCUCAUUCGAAAAGGACAAUUGCGCCCUGAAGGAGCAGAAGAAAUCACUCUUGCAAGAUGCCAAAGACUGGCAGAAGAAGCACGUGAGACUGAGCGAGGAGAUCAAGGGUGACCACAACACCCAAACGGAGCUGGAGAACGCGCUCGUGCACAAAGAAAAUGAAAUCGAAGUUCUGUCCGGAUGCAUCGCCAAGAUCAAGAGCCUGGAGGCGUGUAACGACGAGGAGCUCAGGAACAACAAAAAUAGAGAUCGGCUAAAGCUGCACCUCAAACAGAUAAUGGAUGUCUCGAGGAUCAAAGCUACUCUUUCGGUCAUCAAUAACGAGCGGAAUCGCUGGUUUAGGAACUUCAUGGCUGAACAGAAAGUGAGACAACAACUUGAAGAGGAAUAUCAGAAGGUCAUGCAGGACCAAACAGACAUGAAAAACGAGAAGGCCCACCUGAAGAACCAGUACAAGGACCUCCAACAGAGACUGGAAAUCACAACCGAGUUCUACCACCAGAAAGAAAACAUCUUACACCAGAAGCUGACUCAGGAGGAGCUGAAGCACCGCGAAAAGGAGAGCAAGCUGUCCGAGGUGGAAGGCCGAACCUUGCAAGCCGAAGAGGAGCUGAACCUCCUGAGGCAGAAGGUGAAGGACAUGCAGGAGGAGAUGCAGCAGAACGAGAGAUCCCUGAAAGCAGAGAUUGCUGUGCAGGAAAAGAAAGCCCACGAGAACUGGUUAAAAGCCCGGGCUUCAGAACGAACUUUGAUAGAGGAGAAGAGGGAAUGUGUGAACCUGCGUCAGAAGAUUGUGAAGUUAAGCAACAAAAUGUCCGAUCUGCAGCGUUUGCUGUACAGGUCCGGUCCUCCAGAGCGCCACAUGCCUCCUUUACAGAGAGACAUGUCCGGUCCUUGCACCUCAUCUCCUCACACACAGGACGGCUCUGCAUACGGACCUCCGCUGAUGGGCCGACCACUUCCCCCACCGAUGCCGCCUCCGAACGCCCAUUACCAACCCAUGAUUCCUCCCGGGCCGCCUUUCGGGGCCGACCCUCGUUUCAGACCACCGCACAUAGACUUCUACAGACCUCCUUUUCCUCUGCGCCCAUAUGGACCCGUCCCUCCUCGACCUUUCGAGGAAUAUCAGAAGGUCAUGCAUGACCAAAUGAUCAUGAAAAACGAGACCCACCUGGAGAACCAGUACAAGAACCUCCAACAGAGACUGGGAAUCACAACUGAGUUCUACCACCAGAAAGAAAACAGCUUACACCAGAAGCUGACUCAGGAGGAGCUGGAGCGCUGUGAAAAAGAGAGCAAGCUGUCCGAGGUGGAAGGCCGAACCUUGCAAACGGAAGAGAAGCUGAAUCUCCUGAGGCAGAAGGUGGAGGACAUGCAGGAGGAGAUGCAGCAGAACGAGAGAUCUCUGAAAGCAGAGAUUGCGGUGCAGGAACAGGAAGCCCACGAGAACUGGUUAAAAGCCCGGGCUUCAGAACGAAGUUUGAUAGAGGAGAAGAGGGAAUGUGUGAACCUGCGUCAGAAGAUUGUGGAGUUUAGCGACAAAAAGUCUGAUCUGGAGCACUUGCUGUACAGGUCCGGUCCUCCAGAGCGCCACAUGCCUCCUUUACAGAGAGGGGAUUUGUACGGCCCUUUUCCGGUGAGCGGUGGUGCUCCUUCUCCACCUUUAAUGAUUGAAGGUCCUGGACGUCCUCCGUCUGGAUGCAGAAGUGAGACGUUUGGCAUACGGACCUCCGCCGAUGGGCGGACCACUUCCUCCGUCGAUGGGCGGACCACUUCCCCCGCCGAUGCCGCCUCCGAACGGCCAUUACCAACCCAUAAUUCCUCCCGGGCCGCCUUUCGGACCCGACCCUCGUUUCAGGCCACCGCACAUGGACUCCUACAGACCUCCUUUUCCUCUGCGCCCAUAUGGACCUGUCCCUCCUCGACCUUUCGUGCAUGGGCCACACCUGAAAGACUUCCCAUCCAUGGGUCCAGCACUUCACUUUAUACACGAGUUCCCACCCAACUUUCCCGGCCCUUUCCUCCCAGGACUUUACCACCCCCUGGCACUGUGCUUCCACCUGCACAUGGACCCUACGGACCGGCUCCUCCUACACCACUGCAACCCAGGUGUGGCAAGACACGCCUCACGCUCCUCCUGAGCAGCAGAGGGGCUCCACAUGAUGCUCCUCCUACACCCCUGCAACCCAGGGGUGGCCAAGACAGGACUCACAUGAUGAUCGAUAUGCCGAUGUGAACGUAGACGAGGAUGGAGAACGUUGCUGUUGUUUUUCCAGAUUUAUCCGGAUCGACGUGAACGCAGCCCCUAAUCACAUUAAAAAAUAUAAAUAUAUAAAUGCAAACCGCUUCGCUGAUUUCUUUCGCUUUGUCUCCUGAGAUUUGCAUGAUUCCCUUCGGAAACUGCGAUCGGAACGAACUGUGUUUUUACCGCCGGCUGCAACACGACGCUUCCCUGCUUCACCUCUGGUCAUUUUUAAUGGAUUUCUUUCCUGUAGACUUUUGGUAUCUCUUAGAACCGAAGAACAUUUGAUCUUCGAGUUUGUUUAUAUGCUUUGUGAGCUCAUGUGAAGAAAUCCUGUUCUCCUGACGCUUGUCGUGUAGCGGGGAACAUUUUGAUAUCGAUCCAUCUUCAGGUUGGUGCUUUAGUUUUGUUUAAAUUUUAUUUUCCUACCUUUGUAAUCAGAAUUGAUUUAUUUACACUGUUCUAAUGAUCAGAUCCACAGGACUCCUCGAAGACGUCCGAUUUCGCAGACAACAACGAGCAAGGCGAGCGCCUCAAAUCACGUUUCAAGACUCCCAUCUUCUCGCCUUGUUUUUUUUUUGGGUGUACUUGGAAAUUGAGGUUUUUAAAAAAAAUAAUUUUAUAGUUUUGAGUAUAUCGCUUGAAAUCGGAUUGGAAAUCCAGAAAGACCAUCAGUUGGUCCUGUUUUUGGGACACUGUCGCACGAUUGCGAUCCUGUCUAAUUAAAGCCGUACGAGCCAAUCAGGAGCCUUCUCCAGGUCACAUGACAGAUAACGCCCUAAUUGUUGAUUUUGAACUUUUAGGGGAGGUGGAGCUCAGUAUUUAAGGCAUUAGUGAUGUAAAGAUCGGAUCAUUUUAGUGACUCGGUUCUUGGAAUCUCGUUCAUCCAAAUAAACGGAUUUUUUAUUUUA